AUGGCUGAUAAAGUUGAAACCCCCGUUGUUGAAAAACAAGAAGAAACUGUCCCUGUUGAAGGAGCUGCUAAGGAAGGUGGUGAAAAUGCUUCUAAGAAAGCUCAAAAGAAGCUUGAAAAGGAACAAGAAAAGGAAAGAAAGAGAUUAGAAAGAGAAGCCGCCUAAUUGAAGGAAUAGGAGGAAAAUUGGCUUAAGGAACUCAAGGAAGAUACUCUUAAGGAAAACUACGGAGAUUAUAUCCUUGUUCAAAGUCAAGAAAAGACUGACAGAAAGUGGAUUUAGGUUUUGAGUAUUGAUGAAUCAAUGGUCGGUUAAACCGUCUUGAUCAGAGCAAGACUCCAAAAUUCUAGAGUUAAGGGUAAUGUCGGUUUCUUAGUUUUGAGAUAACAAUUUUCUACCAUCCAAGCUAUGAUCUCUAAGAACGACGUCACUGUUUCUAAGACCAUGGUUAAAUGGGUUGGUAAGGUUCCUUGUGAAUCUAUCGUUGAUGUUUACGGUGUUGUCUCUAAGCCUGAAACUGAAAUUAAGAGUACUUCAUGCAAACUUGAAUUGAUUGUCAACAAGGUUUAUGUUGUCUCUCGUUCAAGAGCUCAACUUCCUUUCCAAUUAGAAGAUGCUGCUAGAUAAUAAAAGAAGGAAGAACAAUUAGCUGAAUACAAUAACAAUGAAGGUGAUAUUGAAGAAUCUAAGGAUAAUUAAGCCAGUGUCUCCAUUAAAACUCGUUUAGAUAACAGAAUUAUUGAUUUAAGAACUCCUGCCAAGCAAGCUAUUUUCAGAUUACAAUCUGGUAUCUGCCAAUUAUUCCGUGAAUACUUACUUUCAUAAGAUUUCGUUGAAAUUCACACUCCUAAGCUUAUUGGUGGUUCUUCUGAAGGUGGUGCUAACAUCUUCAAGUUGAAGUAUUUCGAUAAGGAUGCUUGUCUUGCUUAAUCUCCUUAACUCUACAAGUAAAUGUGUAUCUAAUCUGACUUCGAAAGAGUCUUCGAAAUAGGUCCCGUUUUCAGAGCUGAAAAAUCAUUCACCCAUCGUCACAUGUGUGAAUUCACUGGUUUGGAUAUUGAAAUGUCCAUUAAAGAAAACUACCAUGAGCUUCUUGAUCUUAUGGGUGAUUUAUUCGUCCACAUCUUCAAGGGCUUAGAAACCAAAUACAGCAAGGAAAUCGAAGCUAUUUAAUAAUAAUUCCCCUUCGAACCUUUCAAAAUUAAAACCCCUGUUGUUAAACUCACUUUCGAAGAAGGUUGCAAACUCUUAAAAGAAGCUGGUAUUGAAUAAAACCCCUUAGAAGAUUUAGAUACUGUUACUGAAAAGAAGCUUGGUGACAUCGUCCGUGAAAAGUAUGAUACUGAUUUCUAUAUGCUCCAUAGAUAUCCUAUCUCUGCUAGACCUUUCUACACCAUGCUUUGCCACGAUGAUCCUAACUACACUCUUUCUUACGAUUUCUUCAUGAGAGGUUAAGAAAUCACCUCAGGUGCCUAAAGAAAUCACGACCCCGUUUCUCUCGCUAAGCGUGCUGCUGAAUGUGGUAUCAAUGUAGAAACUAUUAAAGAUUAUAUUGAAUCUAUGGCUUUCGGUGCUUAUCCUCAUGGUGGUUGUGGUAUUGGUCUUGAAAGAGUUGUUUUCCUCUACUGCGACCUUUACGAUAUUAGAAACGGUUGCUUAUUCCCCAGAGAUCCUAAAAGAAUUGCUCCUUGA